UAUAGAAGUAAAUCUAUCUUAAAAUAGUUAAUUGUAUCAUUUUCUACUUCUGAGUCAGUUGUGAUCAUUUUUCCAGCCGUAUUAAAGACCCCAUUUUUGCAUGUCAUCUCUUCCAGCUUGUAUGCUUGACCACUGUGAUCGAUAGCUCAAAGAUAACUGUAAAUGGCUUACUGUUCGGUCAACAUUUCGUGAGUCGUAAUUUAGUUUUGGGCAGUUCUCUCGAAUAGCUUAAGUUUUUGUCAUAAAUAUAGCAUCCGAGGAAGAAAAUGACCAAAAUAGUUUAUUUUUAUUUUAAAACUUUUAAUAUUUUUUAUUUUUAUUUUUUAAAAAUAUGUAUUUUUAUUUUUUCGUUUUUAAAAAAUGACCGAAAAUGACCGAAAUAGUUUUAUUUUUUAUUUUUUAAAAAUAUGUAUUUUCCUUUUAAGAGUAAAAUAUGUAUUUUUAUUUUUUCAUAAAACUUAUUUUGAUCAUUUUCUUCAUUGAUAACUAAUUUUGUGAAGGCAAACUAAAACAAUUAUCCUAGAAAAUGUCUCUAGUUUUUGUUAGUGCCGGCUCCAAACAAGUGUUUAAAGCAUAUUUGCGUUAGAUUUUUUUUUUUUUUACAUAAAAAAUUAGAGUCCUGAUUGGUUAAAAUUACAUAGUUUAGGAUUUUAUUUUUUUAAUUUACAAUGAUGCAACUAAAAUUUUGGAAUUCUUUUUACUCAGCACAAGACAUAUGUAUUAUAUAAGCUGAGCCUAGUAGUAUAUGAUAAAACUUGGAAUUGUGGUUAUCUACCAUACAUAUCUAUUUAUUAAUAUAUAAUAUAUAUAUAUAUAUAUGUAUAGCUAUGUGAUAGAAUAUAUUAUCAAUCAUUUUUCUUAUAAUUAAAAACACAUACACACUCACGCUCAUUAGUUUAAAACGCUCAGUCUGGAAAUUUAUAAUGCUAACAACUCAGGAAAUUGUUUGCUGAAUACUUUCUGAAACAGAAAUAGCUAUACAAUUCAGUUCAAAAAAAAAAAAGCUAUACAAAAAUUUAUUUUAUCAUAAAUAGUGUUCUUAUAGAAAAAUACCAAAAUAUUUUGUUAUUUCAAAUUUGUAACGUUCACAGAAACGACCUGAAAUAAUUGCAAACGUAGUACCACCACCAGUGCAAGUGGUCACUGCACAAAUAAAAAUUAAUAAUAUCUUUACCGUAUUAAAACAAAUACCAGAUUCAGUGAAUUAACAGAAACGGAUGGGUAAAGUAAAGUGGAAGAACAUCUAUCGGCACAAAACAAGACAAUAGAAACAGAACAUAGAGACACGCUUUCACUUUCUCAAGAAACAGUUAAAGAGAAGAAGAUGAAACGACAAAGAAACCUUUAAAAGUUCUCUCAUCUUUAAAUCCCGGAUCUACCCUUCUCGGCUUCUCCGGCUCCUGAUCGGUGAUGUAUUGACGCGGGAGAGAUGUUGUGCUGGAGCGGUUCGGUUAAGCGGAAGCAGAAACCCGGUCCUUUUCCGGUUUACCUGAAUGUCUAUGAUCUAACUCCUAUGAAUGCUUAUGGCUACUGGCUCGGACUUGGUGUCUUUCAUUCUGGUGUUGAAGUUCAUGGAGUUGAAUAUGCAUUUGGAGCACAUGAAUAUCCAAGCACAGGCAUCUUUGAAGUGGAGCCAAAGAAGUGUCCUGGUUUCACCUUCAGGAAAUCGAUUCUCGUCGGUAAAACAGACACGUGUGCGAGAGAUGUCAGAGUCUAUAUGGAGAAACUAGCUGAAGAGUAUCGAGGGAACAAGUACAAUCUCAUCUCAAGAAACUGCAACCAUUUUUGUAAUGAAGUUUGUGUUAAACUUACUCAGAAACCAAUCCCUAGAUGGGUAAACCGACUUGCUCGCUUAGGGGUUCUCUGUAACUGCGUGUUACCACCACGCUUAAACGAGUCAAAAGUGAGACGAGUAGUAAAAGAAGAGCUUUCAGAAGGAGAGAAGAAGAGAAUGAGGAACACAUCACGGUCAGGUCCUUUACUUACUACCUCUUCAUCUUCUUCGACACCUGAUAAUAAUCAUCGUUCACACAUUCGAGCAAAAUCAACUGGUAAUCAUUCUUCUUCUUCUAUGGGUACUAAGGAAGGUCAAAGACACUGUGCGCCUCAAGCUCAAGACAAGAAGUCACCAAGCGUAAGCGUCAAGACUUGAUUCCUAUCAUCAUAAUUUGAAUUUUUUUUAUUAUUGUUAAUGAAAAGAACAAAGGAAAAGAGGAAAAUGCUAAGCAAAGUAUCAAUCAUACAUGGGCAUGCUCGUCCUUUGUUCAGAACUUAUUGUUAAUUCACCAUACUUCCAAAAAUCUUUUAGGUGCUUUUUUUUUUUGUAUCCGAAUAGAUGAUUAAAAUGAUAAUGAAAUGUGUAAAGAAUGUUGAU